AAACCCCAGCAUCAUCUAGGGUUUAAGGCACUUCACACGAUACUUUAGGGCUUUGCACAAAUCAGUUUAGCCUUGGCUCUUCAAUCAAACUCUUCUAAAAAAAUGGGGAAGAAGAAAUUCAUCGACAAGAAAAAAGCCGCAACUUUCCAAUUAUUCGCACGCGAUUCCUCCGAUCCCAAUUUCGACGGCACUGACCGAGUUUUCGUGCGAGUCGAUAACAAUCCCUACACAGUAGAAAGCCUCUUGCCCGGCAACAAAAUCUCCAGCAACAGCCACUUCGAUGACGAUCCUAAUUCAAUUUUCGCCGACGCGCCGGAUGAUAUGGAGGAUGGAGGCAAUGGUAGCUUUGGUAAUUCCGAUAACUUUGGAGGGGUUUUUUUUGGUGAGUCAUCCUCGGAGCCUUUCCCAGAGGAUGUUAGGAGAGAGAUUUUGGAAUUAGGGUUUCCCGAUGAUGGUUAUAAUUAUUUACUUCACUUGAGAGAGAUUAAAAGUACCGUUAAUGGCUCGGGUUUUUUUCAAAAUCCUAAAGCCAAGCUUAAUCAGCUUCCUCAUGAUGUUAAGGCUUAUGAUGCAUCGAGACUAAAAGUGUCGGAAUUGAAAAGUGAGGAUAGGAAUGAUAAGUCGAUUUACCAUGUAGCUUCGAAGAGUGUUGGCGUUAGGGUUCAGAAAGCUGUUGAUCCUGAAGUAGCGGCAUUGCUGGAUGACAGUGAUUUGUCGCGGUUUGGUUCCGAUGUUGAGGACUUGGAGGAGGAUUUUGUUGUUCGUGCGAAUCUUCCUGAGGGAGAGGAUGAUUUGGAUGCUGGUGAUUUGGUUGAGGGAUCGAAGGUGAUUAAUGAAGGGAUCAAUGAAUAUGUUAACUAUGGUCGAGAAAAUGUAGUGGAUCGCAGUGGGGUAGAGAAAGCAAUCAAUGCUCCAGUGGAGGUAAGAGGUGAUUUCGGAGAUGAAAAGCAGCGAGUUCGUCGUCCUUUGGAUGAACAAUUUGAUUUGCUUGAAAGUCAAGAAUAUGGCACUGAUGGUGAAGGUGAUGAAUAUGAUGGUUACAUAGCUGAAGAAGAUGAAUUUCUAGCAGGCAAGCUUAAACAUGCCCUUAAUGAUCAUGCAGUCGAUGACCUGGAACUUGAUGAAAAAUAUGAGGUUCCUGCAGAUUUAUUGCAUGGAAAUGAUAGACCAAAAGACAAAGAACUCUUAGAGUCGGCAGCUGCUGUCAUUCGCCGCUGUAGAGAAUAUGGGAAGAAGUAUGAAAAUGAGGAUGAAGAUAAAGAGGUUAUUAUUGAAGAGGAAAGUAGUGAUGAGUCAGAAAAGUGGGAUUGUGAGACUAUUGUCUCAACAUAUUCAAAUCUUGAUAACCACCCUGUUAAAAUUGGAGCUCCAGAAACUGCUAGAAAGAAGAUGUUGUCCAAAGCUGUUAUUGGGGCUUUAAACGCUUCCAGUCAUGUUAUUGCCCUUGGAGGAAAAGAAAAGCUUCCUGUAGACUUUUUGCCUCGCAGAAAACCUGCUGCAGAAAAGGUCAAGGGUGCGCCUAGCUUACAAGUGGAGCAGCAAAAGAGGAAGCAACAGGGCCAGGAGACAAAGGACGAGAAGAAAGAACGAAAGGCUGCUGUAAAGGAGGAAAAGCGUGAAGCUCGACGCGUGAAAAAGGAGAUAAAGGGGCUCUACCGGUGUGAAGCACAGCGUGCUCAGAAAGCUGCUGCUGUAGCAGGCCCAUCUUCCAUUCAUCUUGUGUAAUUUGCCAUUAGAUCAUUGCUCAAGACAACAGGAUCUUGUAGGAUGAUAUCGGCAUUGUUUGAAAACCAUCAAGGGGGAACAUUUGUAACUUGAGAAGGUGCUGUAUGCUUGGUUUUCUAAGGGGAGCAUUUUUAACAAGAAAAGGUUCUGUAUACUUCAUCCUCAGUUCCCCAUGGAACAUUUUUUUGAUGUGUUUUUGUUAUGAAGUUUAUUUUCAAUGUCAUACCUUGGGUAAAAUUGUCAAGGUUUUUGGAAGACACUUUUAGAUGGACUUACGAUGACUUACAAAGCCAUGGCUACCGUUUUGUUGGAAAACAUGUAUAAAUUAAUCACAUGUUUUCUCUGUCA